AUGAUGGAAAACCUUACCAGUCAUGAUCAGGUCCACAACAACUCAAGUGGCGGCAAUGGGGACGGCAGCACGCAGUCUGAAUUAAUUGGGGAACAAAAUCAAGAGGGCCAAGCGCCCACCCUCAGUGCAAAAGACGCCACUCCUGAGCAUGAGCUCAGGGACGAUCAGGGCAGUGACGCGGCCCCGUCAGGUUCCCUCGAUGCGAAUACCAUAAGUACCGAAGCUCAGGUGAAAGAGCUGCAAAAAGGGGAGAAAGAAUUGGAUGAUUCAUCAGGUGCAGAACACGAAAAAUCCGAAGGGACUUUAAACAGCGUGGCCGGUGCUGCCGAAGAUACCGAGGGUGCCGGAUGCAAAGAGAAAAGCAUCGACCCAGUGCAGGAUGCCGGGGAUAAGGACGCGACAAAUGAUGAAGACCCUGCGGUGGGGACAAAGGAAAAGAAGAAGCCAUUAUUGUACCCCUACAGGCCAGGGGACAUGUCGUUCUGGGAUUCCAUGCAGAGGCAUCGAGAGGGGACGGACGACCCGCCGAAGCAGCCCCCCGUGAAGACCACUCAGGUAGUCAAGAGGAGCAAAUUCCAUACCACAGCCGAUUUGCUCGCGAGACUUCGGAGCGGACCAAGCGUGGAAAAACCCGCUAGGAAGGGGGCAGCAGCGACACAACAGACCAAGCGUGUGGUCAUCGUUGUGGAGGGCUCUACCCCACCGGUGAUGGAUAGAAAGGGGACGACGCCUUGUGAAGAUGGACUGCACGUACCGAAGGAAACCAGUCACGCCACCUCUACAGCACCCAUGGGAGAAGGGGAUGAUAAGGAGGUGGCAACAAGAUCCCCGGAGGCCAUCAAGGCGAACAAAAAGAACGUGGUGUCUACCAAUCCCCAUGCUAUCCUGGACACCGCGCCAAAGAAGGCCUCGAAACUCGUACCACUCGAGGGGAGGCCCGGAGUAACACCGUCUUCUGCUCCCACAACGAGUGCCAUAGUCAAGAAACAACACAUUACCAACACGCCUGGUGCCGUAGUGAAGCAGGGAGCCGUCCAUAAGCGCAUAAAAACAUCGCAAAAGCCACCUAAGGACACAUCGUGCGAGGCCCACAUUACUGCAGUGAAAGUCGACCCUUUGAUUCAGGAACUCCGCGCGCAACGGAGCAAACCGAUUGGUGAGGAUAAACCAGCAACGCUUCCCAGGGUCGCUACCGAUGAUAACGGAAGAAGCAGUUUACGUGAAAAGGAAGCGAUAGGUGCUCAACAAAUGCAGGGAAAUGUGAAUGAUAUUCAUGAGGAGAUCAGCAAGCUUUUGCUAGAUUACUGCUGGAGCGGACCUCCACCUGAAAAGGGUGAUGACGCGACAAAGCACCCACCAAACCCCACGAACGAUAAACCGCGUCUUGAAAACAUUCCGGACGACGGCGGGCACGCGAGGGGAAGGGAGGACGUGGUGGUCGAGUCGACCGACGCAGCGCCUCGUGAGGGCUCCAAUGUGGAGAGGGGCAAUCCGGAGAUGCUGUUAUACAAUCGUGUGAUUCAGCUUUGCCAGCGAGAUGACGUGACGCCGACGAUCUUAGAGGUCCUCUAUGAGCUCAUCAAACACACGCGCGUGAUUAAGCUGCCGUUGUCAUCGCCACCCGGGAAGGGUGGUGGCGACCAGGACCAGGGGGACCCCAGCUCGGAUGCAAGUGGUAGCGCGCGUGAUCUCAUCGAAAAGAGGCGGCGACAAUACGCCCAGCAGGUGAUCCUCGUCCUCAUCAAUCAAAUCCGCCAGCAGAAGCUGAAUGAUGAGUACCGACGCCAACUGCUGCAGGAUCAGAGGCAAAUUGCGGCCGGGAAGGGCGUCGAGCGGGCGGGUCUCGCGACGCCGAAUUUACCCUCGUUAGCCGAGCCCUUUUCCGGAGGUCUCCGUUACGGCCAGCCACAGAAGACGUUCUUUGUUCCACAGGGGGGGAAUCGCGGGGCCUCCUCGUUGAACCCCGCGGCGGCGGCCUUCCGGGUUCCCUCGGCGGGGCCGUCGGUGGAUCCCGCGAUGCCGCGGUCGCAGGCCUCCCAAACGACCCCAAUGAACCCCUUCGCCGCGCCAUUUCUGGCGAAGAACGCGCCGCAACCCCCGAUGGCAACGGAAACCGCAUCGUCGCCGCCCGCCGCGUUCCCCUUGGACGCCAACCUCGUUUCCCUGCUCGAAGAUUUUAAGCAGCGCCUGCAGCAUUGGACCUCCGCGGCGCCGCCCGUAACCGUCAAUAUCACCUCGCAGGAGCGUCAGGCGCUGAUGGGCAUGCAGCAGAGCUUCAAAAACGCGAUUAUGUCGGCGACGUCGCCAUCGCCGUGGCAGUCUCCUGCCGCGUCGGUGGGAGGGGUCCUACGCGAACAGGAUCACUCCUGCAAGCCGAACACAUGGUCGUUCGUCGCCUUCGACUCGGGUGACGAGAUGGGGCGCUCGGAAACUUAUUCGCAUCUUUCGAGGGAGAUCCCACCGGGUGACGGUGCGUAUACCAAUCUACUUAAAUUUGGUGGUUUGGAUACCAAGGCAAGGACCCGAUACCCCCCGGAACUUCAUCGUACGGUCUUCACCUACAAAACGGUUCAGCUCUCAUCUACCAACGAAAAUAGUCCGUCAGUCUGGUCGCGUUCCGAAAACCACACGAACAUGGACGCACACCCUGUCAUAGCACCCAGCAGCCACCAGAACGUCGCCGCGUUAGGGCUUCAGUCAGGCCACCAAUCUGCGCACGAUGCACAGCGGGGCGUGGGCUCGCAGAGCUCAUUCAACUGCAAUGCUAAGCCGUUCAUUCCAGGUGGUGGGAAUGAGAAGGAGAAGGAUGUCAUGAAAGGCAUGAAUGUCAAUGCCCCUGCGUUCACACCGGCCUCGCUGACGGCUACAGAUCCAGCAAAAGUGGUUUAA